AUGAAUAAUAAUAGUGGACCUUUGGACAAUGAUCCAACCAUGAAUGAGACUCCUUCCGUUUAUGAUCCUGCUCCCUUUGACGCUCCUUUGGACAAUGAUCCAACGAUGACUGAAGAUGCCAUGGGGACUUCUCCACAAGCUUACAACUCCAACGAUGAUGAUAUGGAGACAUGUCCAGAACCUCACAACUCCAAUGAUGAUGGCUUCUCGGCCGCAGCUUCUGCCACCGUUGCAGCCGCUUCCGCAACUGCCGCCGCCGCUGGAACAUACAUGUGGGCAGCUCUCGACGCAACAGGAAUGGUUUCGAAGCCCGAAGACGGAGAAGAGGAGGAAGAACACAAACCAGACCGCAUCGAUGCUUUCGACCCUUUUGCAAUGUCUGACGAUGAGGCUCCAGAAGGAAUGGAUGUUGUUGGUGACUCUGAUGAUGAACCCAAUACUUCUCGAAGUGCUCCAGGAGCAAUUGCAGUUGCCAAUUUCGAUGCAACCUACGAUAAAAAAUUGAAGGGUGAUACUGACAGCGACACUGGAGACGAGUCGAAUCCCAAAGGCAACGAUUCUGACUCUGAGGCAGCCGCUGUUCUCGUGGCUGCUGUUCCAGACCGUGAUGCCGAAGACAAGAGAGAAAGGCGCAUGCUUAUUGGAGCUGUGUUUCUCGUCUUUUUCCUUGCUAUCUUUGCUGGAGCCUACGCCGGAGUUCAGGUCGAAGAGGAGAGAGUUGAGCAAGCUCGAUCCACUGAGUUUGAGACUAUUCCAUCUUCUUCAGCUAUCCCCAAGUGUUUCCCUGGCUCCAACCCAACUCGCGCAACUGCCUUCAUGCAGGUAGCUCUCGAUGGAAUGUCUCGCCAAGCUACGUCUACCGAACUUCAACAAGUUCAAAAUGCACUCACCGGUGUCUACAACGGAGUUACUGGAGGAUGUAAUGAUGUCUAUGAAAGAAUCAUGGAAUCCGCAUCAGUGGUCAACCAAAACCUAAUCACAGACAGCAAGGGAAAAAACCACCUGAGCAUUGAUUUCACCACCAACCUUCGCUGUGAUGGAUGUACUGCUGAAGAAGAAUACCUCUUUAGCCCGUGGCCUUCUGCCUCCAAAGGAAAGGCUUCAACGUCUGCGAAAGGAAAAGGAACUACCGGCACAACAUCUACUAAAACAGGAAAAGGAACUAGCUCAACAGCUGGAGGUGAGCGAAAACUGAGAAGAGGAAAUCGUAAUGCACGUGGUGUCCGUGGCAUUCGCGACCUUCAAUCCGUCGCACCUGCCCCACCAAUCUUUGUUAAUCCUGGCGGCGUCCCUGCAACUCCCAGUACCGGCAAGGGCAAGGGAGGAAAGGGCAAGGGCUCGAGCAACACCCGCGCCCAAAUGUUCAUAGACAGUUUGGAUGCAACUCUUCAAACAUCAAACCUUCCUCUGAAGAAGGUGAAGGCUGCAUACAUAUACGAGCAAACGGCAGUUUGGAAGGGCGAGAAGCUGAAACUCAAGCCAACCAAAAAAGAGAAAAAGAAGGAUGGGAAAGGAAAAGGCACGUCAGAUAAGAUAUCGGCAGGCCGCCGUCGAAGGCACUAA